AUGGAUGUUACUCUCAUCCCUCCUCAUAAGUUCCAUGUUACCACUGGGUUCGGAUAUUACGGAGGGUGCGAUGGGUCGGAAAUAAUUGUCAGCAAGUCGGCUUCUUGCUGCCCCAAUGGUGCCUUCUGCAAGACCGACGACUACCAGUCUCAACGCCAGUGCCAGGCUAAUGAUGUUAACCUCGAUAUCACUUUCUGUGCAUGA